GGCUGUCUGUGUGGGGAGUCUUCCAUCUUCUCCUUGUAGCAGAGCACAACCGAUGCUCCAAACUUCAUACUGCCAACAAAGAAGGGAGAACUUCGAAUCAAUGGAUGUGUGGAUCUUCUAGAAUUUACUUCUGCAGUAGGCUCGCCUUCUACUGGCUGGCUCAUCACCUUUGGUUUGGAGUCGAACGCAACUGGUAGUUUUGGCCAGCCCUUUGGGAAUCAGGUCGUCUCUUCUGGUGUGUGUUAGUGUGUUGUUGUGUGUGAGUGAUGGGUGCGGCCUUCAGGAGUUUCUGUGCCCGAUACUGCUGCUGUUGCUGCUGCAGUGAUGAGGCCGAGGAGGAAGAGAAGAGACCCAUACUUGGCAAUGAGACGCUGGAGUAUUUCAACCGUGAGGCACAGAAGAGGCGAGACCAGGAGACCAACCUGUGGAGCGAGCCGGGAGACCCCUCCCACUCAGAGAGAGACGACGACCGACAACUCCACAACCUGCUGCAGAUGAGGUCCCAGACGCGCACAGGCUCCACGGGCUACCGGCGUCUGAGCGUGGACAUCGAGGCCAUGAGAGACCUCCGGAGAGAAGUGCGCGACAAGUGGAAGAUGAUCCUGGAGAACCUGGGCUUCAUGGCCGAGGCGGAGGCUCUGCUGACGGUGUCUGCAGGUGAUAAUCUGGACCGCAUGCGUAAUGCCCCACUCUCCCGCAAACUCCUCAAGACCCUGCACUCAGAGACCUCCAUCUUCGAUAGUCGGGAACCUCCGCCAGAGAGAUACCUCUUCAUACUGGACCGUCUGAUCUACCUGGACGCGGCGGAUGACUUCGUAGCGAAGGCGCGCCGCUUCUACCCGCCCAAAGACGACAGCGACGAGGAGGAGGGCAGUCUGGCCAGCAACCUGCCCCUGCUGCUGGCCAAGUUCAACCAGGCCAUGGCGGCCGGAGACGACGGCAGCGAACAGGACGAGGGCAGCGAGCAGGAGUAAAACGGGCGACACAGUGAUGAGAAAACCCAAAAAUGCAGUGUUGAUUUAACACUAGUGUUGCACCGAUACCAUUUUUUGGCCCCGAUACCCAUACCGAUACCCGACUGGGCAGAAUCGGCCGAUACCGAUACUACUCUGUUUGUAAUUUAUACACAGUAUAUGAAGAGCUGCAUUAGGCUACUACUUGGAUGUAACAUCAUUGCUAUCAUGGCUUUGUCAGGCUGCUGCCUACCUUUGUGAAACAAGAAAAAGACUAAUACUGUACAAAGUGAAUCCAGCAGGACUUCUUAUACCUUUUAAAUACCUCUAAUAUAAAAUAACAAAGUUCAAGGCUGCAUUCAAGUGUCAUACGAGCAUCUGUAAAUGGUAUCGGUGCCCUAUUUGUUGGUACUCGCUGAUACAGAUACGGAUACCACCUUUUUAGUGCAGUAUCUGGGCCCCGUCCGAUACUUGUAUCGGUAUUAGUGCAACACUAUUUAACACUAGUCUGAAAAUGUAUGGUCCCAUUCCACUGAAGUGUUAAAUUCAACUAGGAGUGUUGAAUUCACAGUGCAAAGGCCUACUAAAGUUAACUCUAAGUAUAAAUUCAACUCUCUAUGUUGAAUUAACGCUAAACACUAAAACUAGUUCAUUCCCAGGAUAGUGUUGAAUUAACACUGCACUUUUUUACUGUGUAAAGAACAGAGGAACAAGGGAUGGCUGGAGGAAAAGACGGGGGGGGGGGGGGGGGGCUAGACGUGUCGAAAGAAAGAGAGAGGGAAGUUAUGAGGUGGGAGCUGAGGUGUGAUGAUGGUGCGUCUACAUACAUGUAUGCUUGUUGUCAAAUAUAGACGUGGGGUUCACUAUGCUCAGUUCAGGAUGCCCAUGCCCUGCACUGUUGGAGCGUUAGAAGCAAUGUCCUCUGAUAUCCCAAUGAUGCCCACUUAUGUUUCUCCUCUUAAAUCAUUUUCAAACCAACUGUGCAACUGUACCAAAAGUAGACUGAAUUAUAAUUGUAAAAAAUAAAACCCUGAAUGUUAUUUUUUCCUCGUGAGGAUUGAUGUAGUGUGUAGUUGAAAUAGUUAUUCAAAAUAGUACUCUCUGUACACACUACUCAUCAACGCACGUAAAGUUUGUGUGCACAGAUUUCAACACAUCAAAAUGAAACAAAUCAUUCUCUCAGCAUUUCCUUCACCCAUCUGCACUCUUUAUCUCUCCCUGAUAACCAUAACCUUAUGGCAGAGUAUCUUGCGACCCGUUUACACUCUGUGGAUGCACUAAACCAAAGUAUAACCAAACAGAGUUUUGUCCAAAAGACAGACAUACUGCAUUUAAAAGUCACAAUAAACACUAAAAAACACUUAAUAUCUGUCUCAACCUUAAAAUUAAGUUGCCUGAAAUGAUUGGUUGGUUCAGCCAUGGACAGUAAUUGCACAUGGAGCAGCAGACCGUCUCUCUUGUACCUUGAAUGAGAAUGAUGACUUUCAGCCAUUUGGUGUGACCCAAGAGCAAAACUAUGGAAUAACUUAGUGUUACUUUAUUUCAGUGUUAGAGCUGAGAUGCUGGUGACGAAAACACUGCUGUUCCCUCGAGUGCUGACGGCACGCUCGUCCCAUCUUAUGAUCCUCACGCUGUUCUACACACUCUUCGGAAUAACAUUCAUCUAUCUCGAAGCAGAUCAACAAACAGCUUUGUCAGGGUGACGCAGAAUGACUCUGCAAGUGUAUAUGUGGGUGUGGGGUUAAAUGAUUAGGAAAGUCUGGGCAACCUAAUGAAAAUAA